GACGGCUUCUGCCACAGGCCCGUGCGGGCUGUGGGAGUUCCGGCGGCCCGAGCCCUCGUGUCCUCCGCCACAGGUCCCUCCCCUCCGUCAGAGGGCCCUCGUCCUUCAUGGCGUCCUCUGUAAGGACCGUCUCGGUUCCGACCUCUAAACGCCUCUCGCGGCUCUUCUCCGUCGGACGGCCAUAGCCUUGACUCUACCCCAUAAAACUCCUCAGAGAGGCUCUCGCCUCCAUCCGCCCGCCGUCUCUCUGGCCCGCGUUCCCUCGGCCUCCGCUGGGUCUCAGGGCUGUCCCUCAGUGGCCCCGUUGCCCGGGCACUGCCCGUGCCUGCCGCCAGAGGGCGCCGUCGGUGGCGGCCGCGCACCCCGCGGGGCCGCUCCUCUCGCCGCCCCGGCCUCGCCCCCUGCGCUCGCGCCGCCGGAAGUGGGAGGUGCCGCGCGCGGGCCGGCGCUCGACCCCUCCCCCAAGCUCGGCCGCCCCCUCCCCCUCUCCGCCCGCUCAGAGUGCAGAUGGCGGCCUCUGAGGUAGCUGGCCUUGGGGCUGGUGCCCCGAGUUCUUCGGAAUCUUCUGCUUUGUGUGCUUCCAAGUCAGACGAGUCUCUCCCAGAUGGCCUAAGCCCCAAAGACUCUGCCCAGAAACAGAAGAACUCAUCUCCGCCGAGUUUAAGUAGCCAAAUGAUAACCAAGGAGAGUAACAGAAAUGCCCAUUUGGAACACCCAGAACAGGAUCCUGAUUCAUCAGUGGGUGACACUACAGCAGCGCAUGAGGAAGUUUUAGGAGAAAACUUGGUAGCCACAGCCCUUUGUCUUUCUGGCAAUGGGUCUCAGUCUGAUGUGAAGGACUUGACCAACCCAGCAGGAGAGGAGGGGGACACGAGCCUCCAGGAGAGCCUCCUUCCAGUCACUCGGUCUCUUAAGGCAGGGUGCCACUCAAAACAACUUGCCUCCAGGAAUUGCUCUGAAGAGAAGUGUCCAGCAGCCUCCAUCCUAAAGGAAGGUAGCAGGGAUACAGGCUUGGACUUCCGACCUGUAGGACCAACAAAUGGGGUUGAAGGAGUCAGAGUGGAUCAGGAUGAGGACCAGGAUAGCUCUUCCUCGAAGCUUUCUCAGAACAUCGCUGUGCAGACUGACUUUAAGACUGCAGAUUCAGAAGUAAACACAGACCAGGAUAUUGAAAAGAAUCUGGACAAAAUGAUGACAGAGAGAACUCUGUUGAAGGAACGUUACCAAGAAGUCCUGGACAAGCAGAGGCAGGUGGAGAGUCAGCUCCAAGUGCAGUUAAAGCAGCUUCAGCAGAGGAGAGAAGAAGAAAUGAAGAAUCACCAGGAGAUACUAAAGGCUAUUCAGGAUGUGACCAUAAAGCGAGAAGAAACCAAGAAGAAGAUAGAGAAAGAAAAGAAGGAGUUCUUGCAGAAGGAGCAGGACCUGAAAGCUGAAAUUGAGAAGCUCUGUGAGAAGGGCAGAAGAGAAGUGUGGGAAAUGGAACUGGAUAGACUCAAGAACCAGGAUGGUGAAAUCAACCGGAAUAUUAUGGAAGAGACAGAGCGAGCCUGGAAGGCAGAGAUCCUGUCACUAGAGAGCCGUAAGGAGUUGCUGGUGUUAAAACUGGAAGAAGCAGAAAAAGAAGCAGAACUUCAUCUGACUUACCUCAAGUCAACUCCUCCAACACUAGAGACAGUUCGUUCCAAACAAGAGUGGGAGACAAGACUGAACGGAGUUCGGAUAAUGAAAAAAAAUGUUCGGGACCAGUUUAAUAGUCAUAUCCAGCUGGUGAGGAAUGGAGCCAAGCUCAGCAGCCUUCCUCAGAUCCCUACCCCGACGUUGCCUCCACCACCUUCAGAGGCAGAUUUCAUGCUUCAAGUAUUUCAGCCCAGUCCGUCUCUGACCCCUCGGAUGCCCUUCUCUAUUGGGCAGGUCACUAUGCCUAUGGUUAUGCCCAGUGCGGAUCCUCGAUCUUUGUCUUUUCCAAUCUUGAACCCUGCCCUUUCCCAGUCCAGCCAACCUUCCCCACCUCUUCCUGGCUCACAUGGGAGAAAUAGCCCAGGCUUGGGUUCUUUGGUCAGCCCUCAUGGUCCACACAUGCCUCCUGCUGCCUCCAUCCCGCCUCCCCCAGGCUUGGGCGGUAUUAAGGCUUCUACUGAAACUCCCCGGCCCCAACCAGUAGACAAACUGGAGAAGAUCCUGGAGAAGCUGCUGACUCGGUUCCCACAGUGCACUAAGGCCCAGAUGACCAACAUUCUUCAGCAAAUCAAGACAGCACGUACCACCAUGGCGGGCCUGACCAUGGAGGAACUGAUCCAGCUGGUAGCUGCACGACUGGCAGAGCAGGAACGGGUGGCGUCAAGCACUCAGCCACUUGGUCGGAUCCGGGCUUUGUACCCUGCUCCUCUGGCCCCAAUCAGUACCCCAAUGUUCUUGCCUUCUGCCCAAGUUUCAUACCCUGGAAGGUCUUCACAUGCUCCACCCACUUGUAAGCUGUGUCUGAUGUGUCAGAAACUUGUCCAGCCCAGUGAGCUGCACCCGAUGGCCUGCACCCACGCACUGCACAAGGAGUGUAUCAAAUUCUGGGCCCAGACCAACACAAAUGACACUUGUCCCUUUUGCCCAACUCUUAAAUGAUGGACCCGACUGGGGAGGAAGAAGAGGAGAAACGGAUGUGAACAGGAAGCGCGGGUUCAAGAUUUCUAAAACUCUAUAUAUUUAUACAGUGACAUAUACUCAUGUCGUGUACAUUUUUAUUAUAUAGGUGAUGUGUGUAUAGAAAGUCUGUAUUCAAAUGUUCGUAAUGAAAGUAUGUAUAUAAUGCAGAAACACCCUUUCCCCCUCAUCUUGCAGUUUUUGGGGGGAUGCAGACUGUAAGGAUAUGUGAUGUUUAAUUUGGCCUUGAAAUCAUGAUCCCUGCAUAGGGCUGUGUCUAACCCAUCUAGGAAGUUGGUGCUGCUCUGAGGAGGUCCUGGUUUGCUCUGGCCCAGCCUCAAGUCCAUUUUUAGAAGGCUUGUGUAUGCAGAUUAGAUGUCUGUUGCUCACCUGCUGUGCAUCCAGAUGCUGGCCUUUCAGGGGCCUCCAAGCCUUGGUGUUAUUUUAGCCGAUCUAUUCCAAUAUACAAAAGGAUACUGAUGGAGGGGAACAAAUGUAACUGAUAGUUUGAUUCUUCAUUGAA